AACAGUUUAAUCCAUUAAAUGAAUCUCCCUAUUAAACCUCUAGUGCCGAACAAAGCUGUCCAUCAUAGAGUGACAUUGAGUUGAGUUGCAUUUCCAAAAUUGCAAGAGAAAACGGAAGUGACCAUACCGGAUUUUCUCAUACCAGAUCUGUCCCACAUGAGAUUCAACAUCCUAUAAUAUUCUGAGAAUGAGAGAUCAAACAUUCUUGUCCAGGUGAUGGUCGGCUGAGUAGCUACAGUGUGUUUUGGUCCCAUAUAGAAAUGGCUACAAGUUCUGCGGAAGAGAAACGAGAGCAUUCGGACUUCAGUACUCAAGAGGAAGAAGAUCAGGAAGAAGAAGCAUUAUCACUGUGUGAUUUACCAGUCAAUAGGAUGAAAGAAGAGAACAAUCAAUCAAGUAGACAUCAAGAAGCUCAUCAAGGAACUGAAACAAAUCAAGAAGAUUUCGACUUCGGUCCCUGGGGUGGUGAUGGCUAUCUUUCUAAGAAAUCAGAUAUGUGUGCAGCUGAUGAUAUAUUCUUUCAAGGCCAAAUUCUCCCUCUUCGUAUCUCAUUUAGCUCAGAAAGUGGUGUUAACAAGUUCGAGAGUGAUAGCAGCUUGAACCCAAGCCAUUGCCUAUCAAGGUCAGCCUCCACGGACCACAAUUCAAUUGGUGUUUUCACCACUUUCAGUGGCAUGAGCAGCAGCAGCAGAAGUCAUUACUCAUCAAGCAGCAACAACACAAGCUCUGCUAUUGCCAGCACAAGAAUGAUAAAACCAAAAAUUCAAAACCAGUUUCUAACCCAUCGAAGUCCAAAGCCUCAAAUUAGACUAUCCAGUACCUCACUGGGAAAUGCAGCCUGUAACAGACCGAGAAAUUCUUCAUUUUGGGACUUUUUUAGACCGGGCUUGAUCCGUACACCAGAGAUUGAAUUACAAGAUCUUAAGGUCCGUAAUUCUGUUAGUAGAAAUAGUAGCUCUAGUAGCAGCAAAAGCAAUUCAAGCAUCAAGAAAUGUGGAAAAAUUAAUGUUAGCAGUGACAGCAGUAAAAGCGGGUGCAAAAUCAAGAAUAUGAGUAGACAUAAUAGCAAUGAUUGUGGGAAGAACAUGGAGAAACGGAGGAAACAGAGUUUGUGGCAAAAAAGGGAAGGGUUAUUAAGUGGUUGUAGCUGUUCAGUUAGUGCAGUGAAACCAUUUCCCUUGAAAAGCAGUAACGACAGGAGUCGUAGCGCAGGAAAUGGCAAUAAUGAUAAAAGUGAAAGAGGGUCAACAGAGGAGAAGCUGCAAGAGUUGAAGAUGAAGAGAAGAAUUGUGAAAAAGCAGCUGAUGCAGCAGCAGGGAAAGCAAGCUAUUUCACGUCAUCGAACGUUUGAGUGGAUAAAGGAGCUUCCACAUGCUACCUAUCUUGAUCAUCAAAAGGAAGUUAUCUAAAUUUAUUUUUUUUAAAAAAAAAAUCCCUCUCGCGUGCCUGCAUUCUUUUUAUCAUUGCCUUUGUUUCAGCCUUUUGUUUUUCGGAUUCACUUUUUCUUUAAUUUGAAUUGUACUCAUAAAUUUGUUUUUCAAGUGAACGGGCACUGUAAUCUAGAACUGCAACUCUACAAGUCUUGUUUUCAUGGA